AUGGCGGAGUAUGCGAAUGUGCAUUUUGCGCUGGAGACGAUGAGACAAGAGGCGGCGGCGGCGGCGGGGAGGGAGGGCCCGCGGGUGCUGAUUCUGGGGCCCGAGGAUGCGGGGAAGACGAGUCUGGCGAAGAUAUUGACGGGGUAUGCGACGAAGAUGGGGAGGCAGCCGCUGGUGGUCAAUCUGGAUCCGUCAGAGGGGAUGUUGAGUGUUCCCGGGGCGUUGACGGCGACGGCGUUUCGGUCGAUGAUUGAUGUUGAGGAAGGGUGGGGGAGUAGUCCGACGUCCGGGCCGAGCCCUAUACCGGUGAAGCUGCCGUUGGUGUAUUUCUACGGGUUGCCGAGUCCGUUGGAUGGGGAGGGGGGGUUUUAUAAGGCGGUUGUGUCGCGGUUGGCGCUGGCGGUGACGGGGAGGAUGGCGGAGGACCAGGAGGCGAGGGAGGCGGGUGUGAUCAUUGACACGCCGGGGAUUGUUGGACAGGGGAAGGGUGCUUCUGAGGAUAUCAUCCAUCACAUUGUGACCGAGUUUUCGAUAUCUACCAUCCUCGUCAUCGGCUCAGAACGACUAUACAGCACAAUGGUGAAAAACUACGAUAACAAGCCCAUUGCGACGUCAGCAACGGCCGCGGCGUCUGACGAGCGGAUCUCAGUUGUCAAAGUCACCAAGUCCGGCGGCUGCGUCGACCGCGAUGCGACGUUUAUGAAAUACGUCCGCGAGUCGCAGAUACGUUCAUACUUCUUCGGCAGCCCCGUGCCAUCGACCGCCUCCUCAGCGCUCUCACUCUCAUCCACAGCAACCGGCACCGCGAUAGCACUCUCUCCGCAUACCUCACACGUUGACUUUGACAGCUUGACGGUCUACAGCAUCACCAUCGCCACAGACGGCGAGCAGGAUGAAUAUGACCCAUCCAAAUACGAAUCAUUUCUCCCCGGCGGCACGGACGAAAACGACACCACGACCAGUUCCUCUCUUCAACCUCCUCCCGGGCUUCUCCCAGGCCUUGGAUCCGACCUCUCAGCUGCCACCGCGAGCGGCGCCUCCACAUCUUCAAACCCCAACUUGCCCCUCAAGAAACUCCCCUCCCCGGCGCCACUGUCGUUGGAGAACACCCUGCUGGCCAUCACCAACGUGGCUGGAAACGCCUCGUUGGAAGAAGUACGUGAUGCGAGCAUCAUGGGAUUUGUGUACGUUGCAGAUGUGGAUGAGAAGAAGGGGCAGGGUGGGAAGCUGAGAGUUCUCGCGCCGGUGGGUGGAAGAGUGCCGAGUCGGGCGAUGGUCUGGGGGAAGAAGUGGCCUGGUGAAGUGGUAGGGCUAAUCGGGUAG